AUGGGGAAGCCGGCGAGGAAGGGAUGCGACUGCAGGCGCUUCCUGAAGAACAACUGGCUGCUACUGUCCACCGUGGCCGCCGUGGUGCUAGGGAUCACCAUAGGAGUCUUGGUUCGAGAAUACAGCAAGCUCUCUAGUCUGGAGAAAUUCUACUUUGCUUUUCCCGGGGAAAUCCUAAUGAGGAUGCUGAAACUCAUCAUUUUGCCAUUAAUUAUAUCCAGCAUGAUUACAGGUGUAGCUGCGCUGGAUUCCAGUGUAUCUGGGAAAAUUGGUCUGCGUGCCGUCAUAUAUUAUUUCUGUACUACUGUCAUUGCUGUAAUUCUAGGCAUCGUGCUGGUGGUGAGCAUCAAGCCUGGCGUGUCCCAGAAAGUGGAUGAGAUUGACAGGACAGGCAGCAACCCCGAAGUCAGUACGGUGGACGCCAUGUUAGAUCUGAUCAGGAAUAUGUUCCCUGAGAAUCUUGUCCAAGCCUGUUUUCAGCAGUACAAAACCAAACGUGAAGAAGUGAAUACUCCCAGUGAGCCAGGGACGAACAUGACAGACGCACCUGUCACGGCCAUCAUGACAACUGCCAUUUCCAAGAACAAAACACAGGAAUCCAAAAUCGUAGGCAUGUAUUCGGACGGCAUAAAUGUCCUGGGCUUAGUUGUCUUCUGCCUCGUCUUUGGACUUGUCAUUGGAAAAAUGGGAGAAAAAGGGCGGAUUCUGGUGGAUUUCUUCAGUGCUCUGAGUGAUGCAACCAUGAAGAUCGUUCAGAUCAUUAUGUGUUAUAUGCCACUCGGCAUUUUGUUCCUGAUUGCCGGGAAGAUCAUAGAAGUCGAAGACUGGGAAAUAUUCCGCAAGCUGGGCCUUUACGUGGCCACCGUCCUGAGUGGACUCGCGAUCCACUCCAUCGUCAUCCUCCCACUGAUCUACUUCAUAGUCGUACGGAAGAACCCUUUCCAGUUUGCCAUGGGAAUGGCUCAGGCUCUCCUGACAGCUCUCAUGAUCUCUUCCAGUUCUGCCACACUGCCAGUCACUUUCCGCUGUGCUGAAGGAAAGAACCAGGUGGACAGGAGGAUCACCAGGUUCGUGCUGCCCGUGGGGGCUACGAUCAACAUGGACGGGACUGCCCUCUAUGAAGCAGUGGCGGCCGUGUUCAUUGCACAGUUGAACGGCCUGGACUUGGGCAUCGGGCAGAUCAUCACGAUCAGUGUCACAGCCACGGCCGCCAGCAUCGGAGCUGCCGGGGUGCCUCAGGCCGGCCUGGUGACCAUGGUGAUCGUGCUGAGUGCUGUGGGGCUACCUGCGGAGGAUGUGACCCUAAUCAUCGCCGUUGACUGGCUCCUGGACCGGUUCAGGACCAUGGUGAACGUCCUCGGUGACGCGUUUGGGACAGGCAUUGUGGAGAAGCUGUCUAAGAAGGAGCUAGAGCAGAUGGAUGUUUCAUCGGAAGUCAACAUCGUGAACCCUUUUGCCUUGGAAUCCACAAUCCUGGAUAACGAAGACUCAGAAACCAAGAAGUCCUAUGUCAACGGAGGCUUCGCCGUAGACAAGUCUGACACCAUCUCGUUCACCCAGACCUCACAGUUCUAGGAUCCCUGGCUUCACAGGACCAGGAAUGAUGAAGAACAGCUCCAUGAGAGUCAUCUCUUAGCAAGUUCAAACAUUAAAUAGCGAAGAGAAGAACACUAAUGGCCAACUGUACAUUUGAUUUGAUAUAUAGACUUCCAGAUUAUUUUCUAUAUUUGGAUUCACAGCUUUCACUCUCCGGGUUCUGGGAUUUGGGGUGGGGUAACAUGAAAGAAAAUAGAUUAAAAGGAA